AUGAGAUACUGUGGAGCAGUACAUGAAUUAUUUAUUGGGCUCGGAGUGAAACUAGCCGAAGGCUUAGGGGUAAAAAGUGGAAAUAUUAGAUUCGAGAACUGGCCAUCUCGAUGCAGAAUGAACAAAUACCACUUCACCCCUGAAACUGUUGGUUCCCCUGGAGUCCGAACACAUACAGAUUCCGGUUUCCUCACCAUCAUCCAAGACGAUGACGUCGUCGGCGGUUUAGAAGUCAUGAAAAACUCCGGCGAGUUCAUCGCCGUCGAUCCAUUGCCAGGCACCCUUUUCGUUAACCUCGGUGACAUGGCAACGGUUUGGAGCAAUAGAAGAUUUUGUAAUGUGAAGCAUAGGGUGCAGUGUAAAGAGGCGAAGAUACGUUUUUCGAUUGCAUCGUUUCUUUCAGGGCCGAGAGAGGCAGUGGAACCGCCGCCGGAGUUGGUGGACGAUGAGCAUCCACGUGUGUAUGUGGCCACCACUUACGAAGAGUACAGGAAUUUGAGGUUUUUGAUGAAGCUGCAGGCAGGCGAAACUCUUGCACUCUUGUGCACAUCAAGCUCCGACAAGUAAUUAACAUGGUUUUAAUCGGUCUCAAUAUGUAGAGAAAAAUGUGGUAAUAUGUUUGGAGUUUAUGUUCAGAAAAAUAGAAAAC